AUGCAUAUUUCAGAGAUACCCGAUAUAACAGCCCACAGUGAUAAGAUCAUUAGUAUUACCAAUCAAAACUUGAACUCUGAUGGCAAGGAACAGGAGUAUUGUGUUUUAGAAAUCAAAUCCCGUCCACGUCAUCUUAUAAACGUUAAUUUGAACUAUAAACCCCGCCUUGCCACUGCUGUGGUUAACUGCUCCACAGAUUAUCUUCGUGUGGGCAACGAUAAUAACAGAAUCGACCAUGAAUUGAUGACAUCUUAUAAAUUUUGUGAAGAGUUGACACAAGAGAAUAUUGUAUCGCGGGAUAACUAUUUAUGGAUAGUACUGCGGACCUCAAAUAAACCAGCAACUUUUAAAAUAGAGGCGCGAUCGCAACCAAAAGUAAGAUGCAAAACAGAUGAAUUCGAGUGUUCACCAAUACAAUGCGUAUCAACGGAUGUUUUAUGUGACGGAAUAGCAGACUGUCAUAAUAAUCGAGACGAAUUUUGUCAGCAGAACUUUGCAAAUAAUUCCUGUUUCCAUUGCUUUGAUGGAACUUGUAUCCAGCCCGUCCUUCCCCGCUAUAGUGAAGACUGGGGCAAAGAAAUGUGGUAUUUGUGUGAUGAAUUUCAACAUUGCCCGGAUGGAACGGAUGAAAGAAAAGACAUCUGUUACCGUGUUAAUAGUCGUGUAGCAUCCAUGCUUUCAUGUGUUCCGAAUGGUGUUCCAUCUAAUAAUAAUACCUCCGUCCUCAUGUGGAAUACUGUUGAAUGUGACGGAAAGACAGACUGUGUCGAUGGAUCUGACGAAUCAAAGGAAAAGUGUCAACAAAAUCCAGUGGCAUCAUUUAAAAUCAGUUCUGUAUCUUAUGGUAUAAUAGCCUGUUCUAUAGUUCUGGUGAUAGUUGGAUCUUUUUUGGCUCUCAGAAUUCGUAAGUGUACUGGGUAUAAUUAA